AUGUUUAACUCAGAUGAUUGCCCUUUUUCAUUGAAUAGUUUGUUUUUUGUAAGACCAGAUCAAACUGACAAGUAUGCUGAUGAUAAAAUGUCAUCCUGUUGGUUUCUCCCACCUGCUCCGUUGAUUUCUGAAAUUCCAGAUACUCAAAUGUUACAAGAAGAAUUAGAAACAUUUAAAACAUUAGAGCAAACAAAGAAUAAGGAAAUGUUUACCUCACAUUUGGAGAUACCUAAUGAAGCUACAAACUGUAUGUCACCAGCACCUGAAUUCCAGUUUGAUUUUUACUCCAACAAAAGCAGAGAAAUGAAGCUAAACUUAGGAAUGACAGAGAAGGACUAUUUGGCAGCUGGUCCUUCCAAGCUGAGUUAUGGUUCUGUACAUCAGUACCAAAAUCACAUUGGGCCUGUAGAGCCAACUGAAAGUAUUGUUUCAGAUGCUGGAGAAGCCAUUUUCAAAGUACAAAAUUUAACAAAUGCUCCAGAGGCUUUUGGUAUUCAAGGGACUGCAGAAAAAGAUUUUUGUUCCUUGAAGUCUGUUACAGAAAUCCCUGCACAAUUUAGAAGCAUUUUCAAAGAAUUUCCAUAUUUCAACUAUAUACAAUCUAAAGCUUUGGAUGAUCUUCUUUAUUCAGAUAGGAAUUUCGUAGUUUGUGCUCCAACUGGUUCUGGGAAAACAGUAAUAUUUGAACUUGCUAUAACAAGAUUAUUAAUGGAAGUUCCACUACCCUGGUUGAAUAUUAAAAUUGUUUACAUGGCACCGAUAAAAGCUUUGUGUAGUCAGCGCUUUGAUGACUGGAAAAAAAAAUUUGGACCCAUAGGAUUGACUUGUAAAGAACUAACUGGAGAUACAGCCAUGGAUGACUUGUUUGAGAUUCAGCGUGCCCAUAUUAUUAUGACAACCCCAGAAAAAUGGGAUAGCAUGACUAGGAAAUGGAGAGACAACUCUUUGGUCCAGUUGGUCCGACUGUUCCUCAUUGACGAGGUACAUGUUGUGAAAGAUGAAAAUCGUGGUCCGACUCUUGAAGUUGUGGUCAGUCGAAUGAAAACCAUAUCUUCUUUAUCUCAAAUUCCAGAAAAUUCCAGUGCUGCUAUUCUGGUGAGAUUUGUGGCUGUGUCUGCAACAAUUCCGAAUGUGGAAGAUAUUGCCGAAUGGCUUUCAGAUGGCAAGAGGCCGGCUAAGUGCUUGAAAAUUGAUGAGAAUCACAGGCCAGUGAAACUGCACAAAGUCGUGCUUGGAUUUCCGUGGAGUAAUAACCAGAAUGAGUUUAAGUUUGAUUUAUCUCUCAAUUACAAAGUUGCCAGUGUCAUACAGACUUACUCCAAUCAGAAACCGACACUUGUGUUUUGUGCCACAAGGAAAGGGGUGCAGCAAGCAGCUUCAGUUCUCUCAAAAAAUGCUAAAUUUGUCAUGACAAUGGAACAGAAACAAAGGUUGCAAAACUAUACACAUUCCAUAAGAGAUUCCAAACUGAGAGAUCUCUUAACAUGUGGUAUUGGUUACCAUCAUGCUGGUAUGGAGCUAUCAGACAGAAAAAUUGUCGAGGGAGCAUUUACAGUUGGAGAUUUACCAGUCCUUUUUACUACCAGUACCUUAGCUAUGGGAGUAAAUUUACCAGCUCAUUUAGUAGUUAUAAAAUCUACAAUGCACUAUGCUGGAGGAAUGUUUGAAGAGUACAGUGAAACAGAUAUUCUGCAAAUGAUUGGUAGGGCUGGUCGUCCUCAAUUUGACACUACGGCCACUGCAGUUAUCAUGACUAGGUUAAGUACGAGGGAGAAGUACGUGCAGAUGCUAACUGGCACCGAUACCAUAGAGAGCAGUUUGCACAAGCACCUAAUUGAGCAUUUAAAUGCAGAAGUAGUACUGCAUACCAUCACAGAUGUCAAUGUAGCUUUGGAAUGGAUACGAUCAACCUUGCUUUACAUCAGAGCCUUGAAAAAUCCAGCUCAUUAUGAUUUUCCAUCUGGAUUGGACAAAAAUGGAAUUGAAUCAAAAUUACAAGAAUUGUGUUUGAAGAAUUUGAAUGAUUUAUCUUCUGUCAACUUGAUAAAGAUGGAUGAAGAUGUUAAUUUCAAAUCAACUGAGGCAGGAAGAUUAAUGGCAUGGUAUUAUAUUACAUUUGAGACAGUGAAGAAAUUUUGUACAAUUAAGGGAACAGAAACUUUAUCAGAACUGGUCACAAUGAUAGCCAGCUGUAAAGAAUUUCUAGAUAUACAGUUAAGAAUAAAUGAAAAGAAAACACUGAACACUCUAAAUAAAGACCAAAACAAGAUAACUAUCAGGUUUCCAAUGGAAGGAAGAAUAAAAACAAGAGAAAUGAAAGUAAAUUGUCUUAUUCAGGCUCAUCUUGGAUGCCUUCCCCUUCAGGAUUUUGCUUUGACACAAGACACAGCUAAGAUCUUCAGAAGUGGCACAAGAAUUACAAAAUGGUUAUCAGAGUAUCUGGCAGCACAAGAAAAGAAGUUUGCAGUCCUCUUAAAUAGUUUGAUUUUAGCUAAAUGCUUUCGGGCUAAACUUUGGGAAAAUUCUCUGCACGUUUCCAAACAGCUGGAAAAAAUUGGUGUCACAUUGUCCAAUGCAAUGGUAAACGCAGGUCUGACUUCCUUUAAGAAAAUAGAAGAUAUCAAUGCCAGAGAACUCGAGCUGAUUUUAAAUAGACAUCCCCCUUUUGGAAACCAAAUCAAGGAAACCGUGAUACAUCUACCAAAAUAUGAACUCGAAGUUGAGCAGAUUUCAAGAUACAAUAACAUGGUAGCUGAAAUCUUAGUGACCGUCUUCCUAAGAAACUUUGAGCAGCUUCAGACUAAAAGAACAGCACCAGAUUCUCACUAUGUGACGCUAAUAGUGGGAGAUGCAGAUAACCAAGUGGUUUUUAAACAUAAGCUUAUGGAUUCUGUUCUACUAAAAACUGGAAGUUGGACUAAAAAAAUUGAUGUUAAAAGAACUCUCCAAUCUGAAGAACUUAGCAUUAAUCUAAUUAGUUCAGAAUAUGUAGGACUUGAUAUUCAAGAGAAGUUUACAGCCUUUUACUUAGGACCCAACAGACUUGAAAAUCAAAUGGUUAUGCAAAGAAAUUUAGAAACAGAGACACAUUCAAGACAUUCAGAUGGCUCUCCAAGAGAAGAUGCUGGUACAGGAAGCAUCUGCAACAGAAAGAAUACUUGCAAAAUAUCUGGAAACAGAGACUGCCACCAUCACUGUAAAAAUAAAGAUACAUGUGGACAUGAUUGCUGUAAAAUUGGAGUUGCACAAAAGUCAGAAAUGAGAGAGUCAACAUUUUCUUCCUAUCUAACUGAUUUAAGACACAGGGAUGCCAUUUCCUCUGUUCCCCCAGUUAAACGCCUCAAGAUGCAGAUAAAUAAAUCUCAAAAUGUGGAUCUUAAGAAAUUUCGUUUUACUCCAAGGGCUUUGCUUCCAGUUUUUCCAAGGUCAAAAUGUACACAAGUUUCUGCAUCCUCCUUAGUGAAAAAAUGGAAUUCUCCUGAAAUCUGUGAAAAAUCCCAGCAACAACUGCAACCAGCUUAUUAUGGAGGAAAAGACUCUUUGAAUGUGAACUUCGAAUUGGGAGAUGAAGUUUGGGAUGAUUUCAAUGAUGAAAAAUUAAUAAAUGCAAGUAACUUCUUAACCCACGUGGAGAACACUGAAACUCCAGGAAACUCUUUGCUUCCCAGUGCCAUGGGACAGAGGCCACCUCUCGGAAAGACACAGGACAGAUUCCAAAGGGGAACUUCAAAUAGGGUGGGGGCUGACUGGGAGCCCAAUACAUUAGACACAUCAGCUGUGGGCCUUGGCAAUAGUGGUGGUGGCAGCAGCAUCAGAAUUAUUGGGAACUCUCACUGCCUAGAAGUGGUAAGAGGAUUGGACACCUGA